CGCAUUCUGUCGGCUGUAGCCAUAUGUCGUGGCUGGCUCUCUUCCGAUCCCCUUCUUCUCGCUCUAAAUUGUAAGAUACGCCAUAUUUUACCGUUGAUUCAGCGAAGAUUAAUCUCGUCGAAGACGCGAAGGAGAAAGAUAAGACUCGAGAGACCCCACGUCCUCUCUGUAUCUCUAUCUCUUCGUCAAAAAACUUCGUCUUUACUCAGAGGUCCCUUUCUUUCUCUCUGCCAAGCUAUUUCCCUCUCUCGUAGUGCUUCAAAAAGCGGCAACCAGGCCCAAACUUUUUUCCCAAUGGCGAGCAUAUACCAGUACCACCAAUUCCCGCACCACCUCUACCGCUAGUUGUGUAUAUAAGACCCUUUUACGCGUUCUAUUCCACCAAUGGAUUCGCAAACUUCGUUGUUGAGGGAGCAGAGGAAGCUCCAGAGGCUGCGGUGCUCGGUCCAGUGCUACGACUGGGGCCGUCGGGGUCAGCACUCUCGGGUGGCUGGCCUAUUUGCUCGGAACACGGGGUCCGAGAUCCAGCCGGACAAGCCAUAUGCGGAGUUAUGGAUGGGCACCCACGAGUCCGGGCCCUCCUUCGUGGUCCAGACCAGCGUCGACAAUGGCGUGUCGGUCGGGUCAGAGGGUGUGAGCUUGAAGUCCUGGGUCUCGGAGAACCCUGGUGCGCUUGGUGAUAAGGUUUUGGACGAGUGGGGUUGUGAUCUCCCGUUUUUGUUCAAGGUGCUUUCAGUGGCAAAAGCGCUGUCAAUACAAGCGCAUCCCGAUAAGGAGUUGGCGAGGACGAUGCAUAAGGCGCGGCCGGAUGUGUACAAGGACGAUAAUCACAAGCCCGAGAUGGCUUUGGCGAUAACGGAGUUUGAGGCCCUUUGUGGGUUUAUCAGUCUUGAGGAACUCAAGGAUGUGCUUCGUAAUGUUCCUGAGAUUGUAGAACUAGUUGGUAGUGCAGAUGCAAACCGAAUCUUGCAUCUUGACGAGCAGGAUGAGGAGGAAAAAGCAAAAUCUGUUCUGCGAUCAACUUUCACCCAACUCAUGUUGGCUAGUAAAGAGACAAUAACAGAAGCAGUAUCCAAGAUAAAAAGUCGCCUGCACAAAGAAAGUCAGGUGAGGCAAUUAACAGACAAGGAACUGCUGGUGUUGCGGUUAGAAAAGCAAUAUCCAGGUGAUGUUGGUGUCAUAUCAGCAUUCUUUUUUAAUUAUGUGAAGCUUAAUCCUGGUGAAGCAUUGUAUCUUGGGGCAAAUGAACCCCAUGCAUAUAUAUUUGGUGAGUGCAUCGAAUGCAUGGCGACUUCAGACAAUGUUGUACGGGCUGGCCUUACUCCCAAGCACCGAGAUGUCCAAACUCUUUGUUCCAUGCUCACAUACAAACAGGGCUUGCCUGAAAUCCUGCAAGGAAUUCCUGUGAAUUCAUAUGUAACAAGGUACCUGCCACCUUUCGAUGAAUUUGAGGUUGAUCGCUGUAUCCUUCCCCAUGGGGCAUCAACAGUUUUUCCUGCCGUCCCAGGCCCGUCCGUUUUCUUGGUCAUGGUUGGGGAGGGAGUAAUGCAUGCCGGAUCAUUGAAAGGUGUUGUGGUUACUGAGGGAGAUGUUGUUUUUGCACCUGCUAACACUGAGAUUAGCAUUACAAGCGCAUCAGAAUUGCAGUUGUAUAGGGCUGGAGUGAACAGCAGGUUUUUUCAAUAGAAGAGCACCUCUUUUGCUUUAGGUCAAAAGUAAAUAACUAAUUUAUUUGGCGCGCAUAAUGCUGCAAUGUUGUUUAUAAAUGUCUCUAUUACGUAACAUCAGCUCAUGUAUUUGCAUGCAUGAGCAAUGAGUUAUAGUAAAAAUAAAAGGAAUAAAGAGUCAUUAUUUUGGUA